UCAUAUGUGAAAAGUUUUAGUUGGAAAGAAAAGAUCACAAUGGCGCAUCGAUCCGCCUGCCUGAUCUUGGUCCUGUGCACUCUGCACAGUGCCUGCGGCCUCUACUUUCACAUGUCGGAGACGGAGCGGAAGUGCUUCAUUGAGGAGGUUCCCGACGAAACCGAUGUGAAAGUUUACUACAAAAUGGAGCUCUACGAUCCACGCUCUAAUGGCUUUAUGCCCUCAUCCCCGGGAAUCGGCAUGCAUGUGGAGGUGCGUGACAGCAACAACAAAAUCAUCCUCUCCCGUGUGUAUAGAUCUCAGGGCUGGCUCUUCUUCACUGCUCACGCGCCCGGCGAGCAUGUGAUUUGUAUGUACUCGAACAGCACUGCCUGGUUCAGUGGUGCCCAGCUGCGCGUUCACCUGGACAUACAGGUGGGAGAGCAUGCCAUCAACUAUGCCAAUGUGGCUCAAAAGGAGAAGCUGACGACCGACCAGCUACGUAUUCGUCAGCUCCUGGAUCAGGUAGAGCAGAUCACGAGGGAGCAAAACUACCAACGCUACCGCGAGGAUCGCUUCCGUCACACGAGCGAGAGCACCAACUCGCGCGUGCUCUGGUGGUCCCUGGCCCAGACCGUUGUUCUUGUCUGUAUCUCGACCUUGCAGGCGUUUAAUUUGCGCAAUGAGAGACUCGACCUAUAUAGGGCUUUCUGCAAAGUGCUCAGCGGAGACGAGUUUACCAUGUUCACCUCUCUAGACGCCUUCAAAGCACUGAUGGAAAUCAUUGGCACUAGUCCGGAGGCCGUUACGAGCAGCGCCAUCUCUCAGUGGGUCGACCAGGUAUUAGAUUUGGAUUCAUCUCUUACAAAACCGGACGAGAUAAUGCUGGUCAACCUCACUCAAAGGCUUCACGACAAAGUGAACGAAUUUGCUGGCAAGUUCUUGAACAACGAGAAGGUAUCCAAGGAGAAUCGUGAUGUGAUCAAGCCAUCAUAUUUCCUUGAAAAUUCGAAUUCCGACUUAAAUAUAUUCCUCGAACAAACAAAGCCAGAUCGGAGUGCUCACUUAUCGAAUGACAAAUUCUUAUUGAUCUGUGAGUGUACCGAAUGCCGCCCACAAUCAACGAUCCAGAUAUAAUUGAUGAAGGACUGUUCGGAGCAGCCGUUGGAAACAAGGUCUUUGCGCUAGCCAGCGCACUUAAAUCUAAUGCUGGCUCUUAGUUGUCUAACGCUCGCUCGCUAAUCGAAGACCUUUGCUGUAUAGCCCGAGCAUAACUAUGGCGGUGGCGGUUUGGAAGCAGUAUAGUCGGCGAUCCUUGCAUUAUAUACAUACAUAUAUAGGUUUUAGUUUCACGAAUUUGUUUUAACUUA